GGGGCAGCGGCCGCAGAGGGGCGCAGGCAGGCGGCGCUGGGGGAGGCGGGAUAGGUUGGGCGCGACCGGUGCUGCAGACCCGCCACAGCCCUCCCGGUCACAGCAGACCAAGGGCCUGCCUGCGGCGCCAUGGGCAAUUGCCACACGGUGGGGCCCAACGAGGCACUGGUGGUCUCAGGGGGCUGUUGUGGUUCCGACUAUAAACAGUAUGUGUUUGGCGGCUGGGCCUGGGCCUGGUGGUGUAUCUCGGACACUCAGAGACUGUCUCUGGAGGUUAUGACCAUCCUGUGUCGCUGUGAGAAUAUUGAGACGUCGGAGGGGGUCCCGCUAUUCGUAACAGGGGUUGCACAGGUGAAGAUCAUGACAGAGAAGGAGCUCCUAGCCGUGGCCUGUGAACAGUUCCUGGGCAAGAAUGUGCAGGACAUCAAGAACGUUGUCCUACAGACCCUGGAGGGGCAUCUACGCUCCAUCCUUGGGACUCUGACUGUGGAACAGAUUUAUCAGGACAGAGACCAGUUUGCCAAGCUGGUUCGGGAAGUGGCAGCCCCUGAUGUUGGCCGUAUGGGCAUCGAAAUCCUCAGCUUCACCAUCAAGGACGUUUAUGACAAAGUAGACUAUCUCAGCUCACUGGGAAAGACACAGACUGCUGUGGUCCAGAGAGAUGCAGACAUUGGUGUGGCAGAGGCAGAACGGGACGCAGGCAUCCGGGAAGCUGAGUGCAAGAAGGAGAUGCUAGAUGUGAAGUUCAUGGCAGACACCAAGAUUGCUGACUCCAAGAGAGCCUUUGAGCUGCAAAAGUCAGCCUUCAGUGAAGAGGUCAAUAUCAAGACAGCUGAGGCCCAGUUGGCCUAUGAGCUGCAAGGGGCCCGAGAGCAGCAGAAGAUCCGGCAGGAAGAGAUUGAGAUUGAGGUAGUGCAGCGCAAGAAGCAGAUCGCUGUGGAGACACAGGAGAUUCUCCGGACCGACAAGGAGCUCAUCGCCACAGUGCGCCGCCCUGCGGAGGCAGAGGCCCACCGCAUUCAGCAGAUCGCCGAGGGCGAAAAGGUGAAGCAAGUCCUGUUGGCACAAGCAGAAGCUGAAAAGAUUCGCAAAAUCGGAGAGGCAGAGGCAGCAGUCAUUGAGGCAAUGGGCAAAGCAGAGGCUGAGCGGAUGAAGCUUAAGGCUGAGGCCUACCAGAAGUACGGGGAUGCAGCCAAGAUGGCCUUGGUGCUGGAGGCCCUGCCCCAGAUUGCUGCCAAAAUCUCUGCCCCCCUGACCAAAGUUGAUGAGAUUGUAGUUCUCAGUGGGGACAACAGCAAGGUGACGUCAGAAGUGAACCGGCUGCUAGCAGAACUGCCUGCUUCUGUGCACGCCCUCACCGGUGUGGACCUCUCAAAGAUACCCCUGAUCAAGAAUGCCACUGGUGCGCAGGUGUGAGCGAGGCUCCUGCAGACUCGAGCCCUUCAGCAGCUGCCUGCCCUUCCAGCACCUGUCUAACAUCACAGGGACAAGAACGUCACCGACUCUGGUGCCUUAUUUUGCAGGGACCAGAAGUGCUGCGUGUUGAGGCCCCCUCUGGCUGUCCUCCCUUCUCUCCUGUUAGCCUUCCUUCCUCUCUCUCCACACUCGCAUCAACUGCCACCUUCAUGUAGUCUGUUUCUCUUCUGCCAUGUGUGCCUCUCCCUCUGGCUCUGUUUCUCUCCCCUUCUCUCCCCACCUCCACACACAUCAUAUAGUUUAAGCUGAAGUUGUUUAUUAUAAUCACUGUCCAUCUGUGAGGAGUGGCCCCACUGCUCCUCAGAAUCCUGGUGCCUUCAAGUUCUAUAUGUAUCUGUCUGUCUUCCUUAGUUCUGGCAGAGCCCAGCAUGGGUAAAAGGGUUCUGGGUAGGACACCCACUCUCUUCUCUCCCCAUCUGAACUUCCUAGCCCUAAACUCUGUUCCAGGAAGCCCACAACCCACACAUUCUUGCCCUUUGAGGCCUGAGUGGCUAUGGCCUAUUGGGCCUGGAGUAAUGCCCGUCACUCACACACACACCCAGGCCCCAGGCCUGCUGUUAAACCUGCCCCUCUGCCCUGCACCCCAGAGGCACAAAGGCAAGGCCUCUUGUCUAUAGCAGCUUCCUCAGUUUACUACUGCCUUAGGAGGCCCUGCUCGUGCUCAGGGACAUCCCCAUCAUUGGCUUGUCCUUGAUUGGGGGGUGGGGGAUCUUAGUCCAGUUCUGUCUUUCUGGGGUCAAUGUUUAUCUCUGAUGGGGACAGGAAGUUUAUAGAUCUUCCUGCUAGUGCUGUGACGGCCUGGACAUGGGGCUCGCCCAUGGGGCAAGGCUGUACCAACCCUAAGAGAAUCAAGUGCUGUAGACUGGCCAAACCUCAUUCUAUACCAUUUUCUUCUCUGCCAGCAUGAUGGGGUUCUAGCCAUGGGAAGCAGCUAAAUCUUCUGUGUCUUUGCACCAUUGGUGGCAGAAGAGCCCAAUGCCCAAGUAUCCUAGAGGAGGUGCAAGGGUGUCCCAUGGCCCCAGUCCCCACCCGGCCUGCCCAGCCUGUGGAGCUGCUGUGCAUGUGAAUGCUGCAUGUCUGGCCUGGGGCUUACAUGUUGCACUGCCCCACUACCUAUUCCCCUCCGGUAAAAAUAAAGAUAGAUCUCUUACGCCCACA